AUGGCAAGCGUCACCGUCGCUUGCCAGGGCUACGAGCAGCUCUACGUUGGCGUCGAAAUUCAAGACAGCGAGGCGGCUGUGCUUUCCUCAUCCAGCGGAGCCACCAGCCAAUUGCUUUCCGCUUCCGGAACCGUAAAAUGUGGGGCCGACGGCACUUGGCCAGCCGGAGCGACCGGGAAGUUCUCGUGUGAAGGUAUCUGGGGUGCCUGGACAACUAUUGGAAGUGUCGUGCUGGGAGGUCCCUUCCUGAAUCUGACGUGCGGAAUGUGCGCGACGGUACCGCAGAACAGGACGUGUCUUUCGCAUGCUUAUGGGUGUCCUUGCAGUGGAGCCUCUACUCAAAACAACUGGAUUUCGAAUAUACUGUGCGAGUUCCCGAAUCAUGCUUGCUGCGGCGAUAAUGUGAAGGGGAAGGAUACGACUCUGAAGAAAUAUGUGGCCUCUGGAAUCCAUGGAGCUCGUGGACAGCAUGUCCCGGAUUCUGCGGGAUGUGCGCGAUACAACAGAGAACGCGGACUUGCGCGUCGAAGCCCUAUGGAUGUCCAUGCAGUUCGCAACGGGCUCUUUAAUAGUCUUUCGCCUGAAGAAAAUUUUGGCCGUUUCUACAAUGCGCUCGCUAUUGAGGCAAUUUGCCCGUCUAAGAUAAGGGUCGGCGGACUUGGAGAUGGCGGGAAAUGGGUCUGUAAUCCUUGGAAAUUGCCGAAACCCUGCGUCGUCUAUUCCCUCGGCCUGAAUGACGUCGUGGUUUUCGAAGAGGAGUUGCAGAAGAUUGCGACAAAUAGCUGCAAAAUCUAUGGAUAUGACAUGAAGAAUCAAAAACCUUGGACCGUCAGUUUAUACAAUGCGAUCAACGGGGAAUUGCGGCAAGGUCUGAUCACGUCAUCCGGUAACCAUAGCUUCUCGAACAGUAUCGUUAUCGGUGAAGAAGUAGAGGAGCGGGGGAAUCACCAUAUCGAUAUUUUCAAAAUCGAUAUCGAAGGUUCGGAAGCUUCUGUGAUGCCGGAAUUCUUGAACUCAACGAGACCAUGUCAAAUCCUAAUCGAAACGCAUCAGAAUCCACAAGCAACCUUUCAACUCCUCUCUACCAUCAGUGCGGCUGACUACUGGCUAUAUUCCUACGAAAUCAACCCGGGUGGAUUCAAAUUCUGUGAAUAUUCCUUCAUCCACGAGGGUUGCCUCGCGGAAUUUGGUGCUGUGAAAUUGGCAAAAUAUUUGGUGUUG